CUUGGACGAUCCAUAUUGAACCUCGAUGCUUCAAUAAAACUUGUGAGAAUGGAAGUGGAAUUUCAGUUUUAAUUAUGCUUGCUUCUGUUUGAGUGUAAUUAGAGAUGCAUUAAUUUGCUGCAGGGUAUUCUCAGAUUGCAUGGUCUGCAAGGGAAUGGUACAAUAAAAAUAUAUUCUCCAUACUUCCUUAAUAAACGUUGUAUUUGCAAGCAGGGAAUGGAUUCUAUUUCAAAUUUCUACUGGCAAAGUUUCAAAGUUUGGAAUAACUCUUCUCUCUGUUAUACAAAUAGGAAGAUUGAAUGUCCAGUUCUGUUGUGUUCGCUUUUCAUUUGUACCCACACUUUUUGGAAAAUUCGCUCCAUGGCCGCCAAUGCUGUCAGUAUCUGUAGCGCCCUAGCCAGAGUUUCUACCAUGUCAGAUGCAUCUCCGACUCAUUACACUGUCAAAAUACAACUAUUUUCAUUACUUGCAGUGGAGAAAUACGAAUCAGGGAGUUUUGAAGCUGGAGGCUACAAAUGGAAAUUGGUUCUCUACCCAAAAGGAAAUAAAAGCAAGAACGUGAUGGAGCAUCUCUCUCUUUAUAUAGCAAUGGCAGAUUCAAGUAAUCUCCAACUUGGUUGGGAAGUUCAUGUAGUAUUUCGCUUGUUUUUGCUCGACCAGAUCAGGGACAACUACUUGAUACUUCCAGAUUCUUCAGGGAAGGAAUGUCGCUUCCAUGGGUUCAGGCUAGAAUGGGGUUUUGAUCAAUUGAUUCCGCUUGCCACAUUAAAGGAUACAAAAAAUGGAUACCUUGUUGAAGACACCUGUGUGUUUGGAGCAGAGGUUUUCGUCCGCAAGGAGAGUUGCACUGGGAAAGGGGAGUGCUUGUCAAUGAUAAAGUCAUCUUCUACUUCCAAGAAUCUCUGGAGGUUUGAAAACUUCUCAAAGCUGGAUGCAGAAUGUAACGACUCAAAAACAUUCGUUGCUGGUGAUCAAAGAUGGAAGAUACAGCUCUAUCCCAAGGGCAAAGGCCUUGGAUCUGGAACCCACCUUUCUCUGUUUCUGGCCUUGGCAGAUUUGACAGCCAUUACUCCUGGCUUUAAAAUACUGGCAGACUUCACUUUGCGCAUCCUGGACCAAAGCAGAGGUUCUCACCUUUUUGGUAAAGCAAAUUUCUGGUUUAGUGCCUCAAGCUCGGUAUGUGGGUGGUCAAGAUUCUACCCACUUGAUCAACUUUAUGCGUCAAGUAAUGCGUAUCUCUUCAAGGACACUUGCUUAGGGGAAGCAGAGAUCACUGUACUCGGAAUCACAGAUGAACUUUAAAGGGUCCCAUUUGUUUUAGUUUCAUUACUUGCAAAGGAAUUGACUGGCAUUAUUAAAUGCUUCAUUGUUCAGAUAGACAAUUGGUAGACAUUUCAUGUAAGAGUGUGAUAUAAACAAGUGAAUAUCUCAAAAUAAAAAAUUUAAAUUUAAUUCGUUUAUCUUUUAAAAGAAUAAAACUCAUUUCAAAA